AGUUCUAAAAAACGACUACGUCCACCUUAGCCGCAUCUUCUCACUCUGCUCUCAGAUUCCACGGAAGUCUACUCCUCAAACCUAACUGAAAUCUCUCGUUAAUUUUUUUUUAAAUAUUGAAUUAUUUUGCUCCUCUUUGUGUCACGAUAACGCGACGAAGCAGCAAUUCUGACAUGGCCAAGGGGGAAGGAAGCGAACAAUACUCCAACGCCAGUUUAUUGACAAAACCUGGCAACUCUGAUGGCAUUUCGCUUGCGAGAAAGAACGAGCACAGGAAGAAAUUGACUGUCUGCAACAAGCUCUGCUACGCCGUUGGUGGGGCGCCCUACCAGAUCACAGGAUGUGCCUUGGGCUUCUUUUUGCAACUCUAUCUGCUAGAUGUAGCGCAGCUGGAUCCAUUCUACGCCUCAAUCAUCCUGUUUGUGGGCCGAGCUUGGGAUGCGAUCACGGACCCCACGGUGGGCUUCAUGGUCUCGCGGAGUCCCUGGACACGCUUUGGACGCAUGAUGCCCUGGAUUGCCCUCUCGACCCCCCUGGCUGUGAUAUCUUACUUCCUGAUAUGGUACGUGCCCCCUUUUGAGGACGGCAAAGUCUUCUGGUACCUUUUCUUCUACUGCGUCUUCCAGAGCCUUCAAACUUGCUUCCACGUGCCGUAUUCCGCCCUCACCAUGUUCAUCAGCUCCGAGCAGAAAGAAAGGGACUCCGCUACGGCUUACAGGAUGACGGUGGAGGUUUUGGGCACUGUGCUCGGUACCGCCAUCCAGGGGCAAAUCGUGGGUAUGGCCAACGCGCCCUGCGUCCCGGGACCGGGGAAAAGCUUGACGGAAUUCAACUCCUCGCUCGGCCAAAACGGAACAAACCAAGUCAUCUCCCUGGAUCACACGAGAGCCGCCUACAUGAUCGCCUCCGGGGUCAUCUGCUUAAUCUACGUCCUCUGCGCCGUCGUGCUGUUCUUUGGCGUGAGGGAGCAAAAAGACUCGAGCCGUCCCAAGUCGGAGCCCUUGUCGUUCAUCCAGGGCAUCAAGCUGGUGAUGGGAUACGGCCCCUACGCCAAACUGGUCAUGGCCUUCCUUUUCACCUCCUUAGCGUUCAUGCUCCUUGAGGGAAACUUUGCACUGUUCUGUAGCUACACCCUUGGCUUCCGAAACGACUUCCAGAAUAUUUUGUUGGUGAUCAUGCUCUCGGCCACUCUCACCAUCCCCUUCUGGCAGUGGUUCCUCACCAAAUUCGGGAAGAAGACGGCCGUCUACGUCGGCACCUUGUCUGUGGUUCCCUUCAUGAUUCUGGUGGUGUGCUUGAAGAGCAACCUUGUCGUGACCUACAUCGUCUCCUUUGCCGCCGGCGUCAGCGUGGCGGCUGCCUUCCUACUGCCUUGGUCGAUGCUACCCGACGUCGUCGACGACUUCCAGGUGCAAAACCCCAAAGCCAUUGGCCACGAGGCGCUCUUCUACUCGUUCUACGUCUUCUUCACCAAGUUCGCAUCCGGAGUCUCCCUGGGCAUCUCCACUCUCAGUUUAGAUUUUGCCGGCUACAUCUCUCGAGGUUGCUCCCAGCCGUCGGAAGUGGACAUCACGCUGAAGGUGCUGGUCUCGGCUGCCCCCAUCUUACUUAUCAUGAUCGGCCUGAUAAUCCUGUACACGUACCCCAUCGACGAGGACAGGAGGCAAGGCAACCGCAAACUGCUCCAGGAGCAAAGAGACGAGGCAGAAUCCGAAUCUGACUCGCCGGAACUUGCCAAAAUGAUCUAGUGCAUUUUUUUUUAAUGCACCGACCAAUCAAGAUAAGCGCCCUGGUAUUUUGCACUAGGCGGGACCAAGUGAUUUUGGCCCGUCUUAUCUGAGAGACACUGCCUUGUUGCUGCUGCUAUUUACUUUCAAGAGGCUGAAAAAAAAUGUGCCAACACAACCUGACAUUUACACACUUGUUUGCUCGGUCUGGUCUCUUUGUACUGCUAAAACCAUUAUUUUUAUUUUUAUUUUUUGGACCUUUGUGCAAGUGCACAAAAAGCCUGCUUCCAUAUUUUUCUUUGUUUAAUCCAGUGACUUUGAGCACUACGCUAGCAACUUGAACGAUUAGCAUCUGUGCCUGAGCUCAGUUCAGUAGCAAAAAAAAAAAAGGACAAACUGACACUUCAUUUCAAGGCACUUGUUCUGUAAUCACUGGCUGGUCUACACCAUUUGUCUUGACAGCCUGAUUGUUCUCAAUUUCAAAUUAGGUAAACUCUUCAAGGGCUUGUUUUUGUUUCAUUCCAUAAGGUAAAACCACUACAAAUGAUUUGCUACGCAUCUAUAGAACUCCUUAGGAAAAGGGAAAUACCUAAAAAAAAUUUUUUUUUUUACGACUGAACACUGAGCUAAAAGGCAAAGGCAGCCAGUACCUGAAUAUGUGAUCGCCUUAGUUAAGUAUUUAUUAGUUUUUUUAUUUUACAGUUUGAACAGAGGACACAUUUUGCAGUAUUUAAAAUAUAUUUAAGGGCAGAAUUGAUAUAAAGUUAAAUGUUUUUAUGCCUUUUUAAUGCAUCACUAUUGUUUCCGUCUGUAUUCGGUGAAGAAAGGAUACACCUAAUUUUGGUGAAAAAAUUAGGACGAUGGGAAUGUUGAGUAAGUUUUUUUUUUCCUCUGUAUAUAUGUCUUGUAGGAUAAACAUCUGUUUUGUGGUUUUCAUUUAUAUCCAUCGAUAUGAAAACGUGUACAUUCAACAUCCUAUGUUGUACGUACAUCUGCAACACGUUCUCGAAUGGGGUACCCAUGUGAAGUUUUUUUUUCUUUGCAUUUUUGUCCACAAAAAGAGAGAGAGAGAAAUUCUAAUUGACGAAAAGGACCCU